AUGGAAGAUAUUGAAGUCCCUUCCUUUUUUAUCUGCCCUAUUUCUCUCCAAAUCAUGAAAGACCCAGUUAUAGUCCCAACUGGGAUAACUUAUGAUCGCGAGAGCAUCGAAAAAUGGUUGUUUUCAGGCAAGAAUGAUACAUGUCCAGUUACAAAACAAGUGAUUUCAGAUUGUGAGGUGACACCAAACCACACUCUUAGGAGGUUGAUCCAAUCUUGGUGCACUCUCAAUGCUUCAUAUGGUAUUGAAAGAAUCCCGACUCCAAAGCCUCCAAUCAGCAAAGCACAGGUUGCCAAGCUUCUCGAUGAUGCUAAAUCACCACAGCAACAGGUGAAGUGUCUAAGGAAGCUGCGUUUAAUGGCUAACGAGAAUGAAACAAACAAAAGAUGCAUGGAGGCUGCAGGUGCUGUAGAGUUCUUGGUCUCAAUGGUAUAUAACUUCAAUUCUUUAUCAUUUGAAGAAACUUCAGAUGAUGGGUUUGAGAUCACAAGACCAAGUGAUGAGGCCUUGAGUACUCUCUACGGUCUACAAAUAUCCGAAUCCGGCCUAAAGAAUCUUAUUAUGGGAAGAAAUAGCGAAAUGAUCAUUGAGACCUUAACGAAAGUUAUGCAAGGUGAAAACUAUGAGUCUCGAGCUUAUGCAGUCUUGUUGCUGAAAUCAAUGCUUGAAGUUGCUGAUCCACUGAAACUCAUCAGUUUGAAACAUGAACUCUUCUCCGAAAUAGUCCAAGUUUUACGUGAUCAAAUAUCUCACAAAGCCUCAAAAGCUGCAUUGCAACUACUAAUCAACCUUUGUCCAUGGGGAAGAAACAGAAUCAAAGCCAUUGAAGCUAAGGCAGUCUCGGUUUUGAUUGAUCUUCUACUUGAUUCAUCAGAGAGAAGGACUUGUGAGAUGGUGCUGAUGGUGUUGGACUUGCUAUGCCAAUGUGCAGAAGGAAGAGCUGAAUUGUUAGGGCACGCUGCGGGCCUGGCUGUUGUUUCAAAGAAGAUACUUAGGGUUUCUCAGGUGGCAAGCGAGAGGGCAGUGAGGAUUAUCCUGUCUAUCUCAAAGUACUCAACAACAACUAGUUUUCUUCAAGAGAUGUUGCAGAUUGGCAUCGUGGCCAAGCUAUGUUUGGUGCUUCAAGUGGAUUGCGGAAGCAAGACCAAAGACAAGGCUAGGGAGGUGCUUAAAAUGCAUGCAAGAGUUUGGAAGAGCUCUCCUUGCAUACCAGCAAAUGUACUCUCUUCAUAUCCAGCCUGA